AUCAUCCUUCAUGAGUUGUAGAGGUACAGAAUUUUAUUUUGUUCAAAAUUACACAAAUGGCAUUUAGCUUUGCACUCCAGGUCAGUCUUGUUGGCCGUAGAUCGACCCUGGAGUCAGAAAAUCCUCCUGAGGUACACCCAGCCUCUAUAAAGUUGGUACGCUUAAUUAAUUCAUCAGUUAAGGAGAAAAACCUGGUGGAUGAGUGGGAUGUCGGUCAAAUCACAUUACGAAACCUUUGACCAAGAAACAGUAUUUUUACUCCAGUCCUCCAGAAUAAAUGUCUGUUCCAUUGUUAAUCUGCUUUUUUCCAAAGAUAACUGGUAAUAGCUCACAUUUCUUUCAUAAUCUGAUGCAAGUUGUUAUUAAUGUAAUAAUAUAGAAGUUAUAUUUAACAAUCAGCUUUGUGAUUUAUCAUUGUCCCUGCAUUAUGUUUUAUCGCUUUUCUUGUAACUUUCAGUAAUUAAUCGAUUGUUCUAUUUUCCCGACUUAUGUUGUUUUCCCAACAUAUUUCAUAAGUUGGCACAGUUUUUGCUACUUCUAUUUCUUCAAUCAUUCAAAAUUAACAAUUACCGAGGCUCUCUGAAAUAUUUUACAUCCAGUGUGCUACAAAGCUACGAAAAUGCCUUGUGACAACAUAAAAAUAAUUAAUCAUGUUUUUCAUAUUAGGUGUAGGUGUACUCAAUUGAUUUAUGAUUAUUCUUCUGUGGAAAUCAUGCUGCUACUCAUAGUAUUAUCUUGAAGUAAAUUUAAAUUGCCCUCAUUAUUCCAGUAUUACUUUUCCCUGUGUAAAUAAAAACGUGCCACCAAAUCCAAUGUUAAUCUUUAAUUCCAGUAAAUCCAAAAUAUAUAGCUUCCUAUGAAGCAUGCUUUCUCUUGUUCAUUACACUUUUGAAAGGCACUGUAUUAAAGUCAUAUUUAAUAGACCUACACCAAUUAAUUUUUAACCACUGCAGUUUCUUCACAUAUUUAGGAUAUACUCAAACCAUGCACAGGCUGAUGUUCUUGGUUUGAGUGUACUCUAAGAAUCAAAUGCAUUACUUUUAGCUCUGGCAGAAACCUUAAACAUAAAGAUGAUAAGGACAGCAGAAACACCUCUCUACCAAGAAGAAUGCGAUCGAAGUCAGAAUCAUAUUCUGUUUUUGUGCAGAAUUCCCUGACUGAACAGUGUGCAAAUGGAGAACUUUUCAGAUCCAGGGAUCGACUCCUUAGAACUCAGAGACACCCUAAACCUUCAGUGCUUUGUAAAUUCACCAAAGAACAAAUUUUCGUAUUGUUUACUCUUUCUCUUGCUGAAUUUAUUAGUUUUUGUUCAAUGUCAGUCAUGGCUCCAUUUUUUCCAAAAGAGGCUGCUUUAAAAGGAAUGAGUACCUCUGUCUCAGGAUUCGUAUUUAGUUUUUAUGCAUUAGUAGUUUUUGCAACAGCUCCAGUUUUUGGUAAAAUUUUGCCUUCAGUCGGUUCAAAGUUCUUAUUUAUGUCUGGGAUGUUUCUAGCUGGAGGAUGCAAUAUUCUUUUUGGACUUUUGCCUUAUAUACAUAAUUAUACUGUAUUUACAAUUUUUUGUUUCCUCAUAAGAACUCUUGAGGCAGUGGGUGCUAGUGCUUAUUCCACUGCAAGUUUUGUGUUUGUAGUUGAAAUAUUUCCUGAUAACAUCAGUGCAGUUUUGGGAAUUCUUGAGACUGCUAUGGGCUUGGGAAUGAGUGCUGGACCUGCUAUUGGUGGCAUGCUCUAUGCUGUUGGAGGCUUUGGUUUACCAUUUUAUUCAUUAGGAUUUCUCAUGAUUCUUUUGAUCCCGACUAACUGGAAUAUGAUUCCAUCUAUAAACGGUUCUAGUAAAGGUACACAUCAUGCCUCAUUUGGAAAACUAUUUAAAAUUCCUGCUGUCUCUAUAAUAGGGUCUAUUAUUGUUGUUGCUUCAAAUACAUGGUCAUUUUUGGAUCCUACUUUAGAACCUCAUUUAAGUAGACUGAAUCUCUCAAGUUACCAUAUUGGAUUGAUAUUUCUUUUGUUUGCUGCUCUAUAUGGUAUCUUCAGCCCCCUUUGGGGAUGGGCUGCGGAUAAAUUGGAUAACCAUUGGAGUAUGAUGGUUAUUGGCUUGUUGUUAUCAGCUGUUGGCCUACUAAUGUUGGGACCAUCUCCUUUAUUAGAAAUGGAAACAUCUCUUUUGAUGGACAUACUAGGUUUGUGUAUAAUCGGAAUAUCAGUAGCUUUGACAUUAAUGCCUACAUUUAAAGCAAUACUGAAAUGUGCUGAGGAAAAUGGUUUGAGGAGAGAAUUGACAACAUACAGUAUAGUUGCUGGAGUUUGGUCCUGCAUGUACUCUUUAGGUGAUAUGACUGGACCAGCUUUAGGUGGAGUUCUAUCUGAAUAUUUCGGCUUUCCCGUCUGCACAACAGUCAUGGCCAUUUUAUCAAUAGCUACUGCACUGGUAGCAACCAUUUUUUUUACUUCCCGUUGUUCUCAUCCUGCAGAAGAUUAUGAAGAUGAAGAAACACAGAUGCCUCUAUUUAGAGAUAGCAAAGGAGAACAGUAUGGUGGCAUCACAGAAACUUACUAA